CCUAAAUACCCCCUCACCUCUAUCCACUCAUCUCCACUCCUUCCCCUCACCACCCUCCCCGCACCUCUUACAACUCACCUCACCUCCCUCACUCCCCUCCUUUUCCUCUCACCUCCCUUUCCUCAAAUACAUACCCCCUCCUUCUCCCCUAACUUCCAUCAAUUCACCUCCACUCCCUCCCGUAACCACCUACCCCUCACUUAUUUCCUCUCACCUCCCCUCCCUAACCUCAUCUUCUUCUCCCCUCACCUCCAUUAUCUCACCUCCACUCCCCCCCAAACCAACCUCCCUUCACCUCUUUCUGCCCAUCUCAUCCUUCUCCCCCCACCUCCUUUUUCCCUCACCACCCGGCCCUCACCUCCCUCCCAUCAUCUCAUUCCCUUAA